GGAGCCAGAAAACUGCUACUUCUCGACCCACUUUUGAAGUUCAAAACUUAAACCCUAGUUGUCUCUCUCUCUUUCUUCUGCAUCUUCAACCUUGGCAAGGGAAGCCACAGCUAGUGAGCAACAUCAAUGCCUGCACUGCCGUCGCCAACGUCGUCCGCACCACCCUCGACCCUCGCGGCAUGGACAAGCUCAUCCAUGACGACAAGGGAGCCGUCACCAUCUCCAACGACGGCGCCACCAUCAUGAAGCUCCUCGACAUCGUCCACCCCACUACAAAAAUCCUCGCCGACAUCGCCAAGUCUCAGGACUCCGAGGUUGGCGAUGGAACCACCACUGUGGUGUUGCUUGCAGCUGAGUUUUUAAGGGAGGCCAAGCCAUUCAUUGAAGAUGGUGUUCACUCUCAAAACUUUAUAAAAUUAAUAUUUUAUAUAAUAAAUUAAAUUUCAU